CCUCAUCACAAACCGAGCGCUGUGGCUUCUCUCCGAGCGGAUGGAGUAGUAGUAGUACGCACGGGUUUGGACGCGAUUUCUUGCACCUUUUUCCGCCGCUCCGGUUUAAUGGAUUCGCCUCUUCACUGGAAUAUUGUCUCAUCUCAUCGCGAGUGAGCGGCUUUCAGUCCUGAGAGGCAGAGUCUCCUUCCAGGGGACAAGAUGGCGACCAACAACACCCUGCGCAGCUACUCCAUCAUCCCAUGUUUCAUCUUUGUCGAGCUCGUCAUCAUGUCCGGGACGGUGUUGUUGGCCUACUACAUGGAGUGCACGGACCUGUUCAGCGUGCACGUGCAGGGGUUCUUCUGUAACGACGCCGAGCUGAUGAAGCCGUACCCGGGCACCGAGGAGUCCAGCUUCAUCCCCCCCCUCAUCCUCUACUGCGUGGUGGCCGCUGCGCCCACCGCUAUAAUUUUCAUCGGAGAGGUGUCCAUGUACGUGAUGAAAUCAACCAGGGAGGCUCUUCUGGCCCAGGAGAAAACCAUCGUCACCGGGGACUGCUGUUACCUCAACCCCCUCAUCCGCCGCAUCAUCCGCUUCAUAGGUGUGUUUGCAUUCGGCCUGUUUGCAACAGACAUCUUCGUCAAUGCGGGCCAGGUGGUCACGGGAGGUCUCUCGCCCUACUUCCUGUCCGUCUGCAAGCCCAACUACACCGGCACCGAGUGUCGCUUCAACCACCAGUUCAUCGUCAACGGCAACAUCUGCACCGGGAACCCCGUCGUCGUGGAGAACGCCCGGCGGUCCUUCCCGUCCAAGGACGCUUCGCUGAGUGUAUACUCUGCUGUUUACCUGACGAUGUACAUCACCAGCACCAUCAAGACCAAGUCCAGCCGCCUGGCCAAGCCGGUGCUCUGCCUGGGCACGCUCUGCUCGGCCUUCCUCACCGGCCUCAACCGCGUGUCCGAGUACAGGAACCACUGCUCGGACGUGGUGGCCGGAUUUAUACUGGGAUCAGCCGUCGCUCUGUUUCUGGGUAUAUGUGUGGUGAACAACUUCAAGGGCAUCCACAGUGCAACAGCCAAACAGAAGACCGAAGACUACCGCGGUCUUCCUCUGAUGACGUUCCCCCGUGUGGAGAGCCCCCUGGAGACCCUCAGUGCACAGAAAACCACUCGGCGUCCAUGACGGAGGUCACAUGACUAAGGGGGCAGCACCGGGUCACGUUUGCGUCUCCGCAGCACUUCCAGACUCAAUGACGAGGACGCAGCCGCGUGGCUCCGAAUGCGCCGCCCACACACACUCCUGCUGUUUCUGUCUAACACACCCGGGGGCCAAAAACACACCAUGCUUCUGAUGGUUCACUUUAUUAUUAUGGUUAUUGUUAUUAUUAUUAUUAUCGUCAUGGGUUUGUGUUUUUCCAGCCGUGGCAGGUUGAGCCGAGCGGAUGGCAUAAAACACACACACACACACACACACACACACACGGUCCUGAACCGUCGGAAACAUGGCGGCUUUUCCCCCCCGCCGUGUGCCGUCUGUAGUUAGAGGACGGUGUUUUGUACAUUUUUUUGUAUGAGCGAGUGCUGUAGCCUAACCCUGACUGCUGUCCCAUCUGCACACUUCCUGUCAUCACAUCCUGUCAGGUGACCCGCCCGUUUUUUGAUCACCGCAUCUGUUCCUCUCGGUCUGAAAAAGCUACUAUAGGAAAAGAUAUUUGAUGUUGUCGUUCUGUGAUGUUUGUCAUUUGUACAGAAGAAGAAGAAGAAGAAGAAGAAAAAAAAAGAGACUCGAUCCUUCUUUUUAUUAUCGUUUUCUGUACAUUAACUGACCGUGUCAGGUCCUAUUUUGUAAAGAUCUUUUGGUUAAUCUGUAUGAUUAUUAUGAUCCAUUCGGACCUGUUUGCCUGCUGUAAACCUGGAUAUGUUUUGGUACCAGUUUCGGUGUUUUGGGCGACGACCCCCUUCCCCUCCCGUCAGGAGGAAACGAUAAGGAAGGAGUCAUCAUUAGAGGCGCAAAACGAGCCUUUCCUGAGUCCCGAGGGCCGUUUCCUCAGCCGCAAAAUGUUUUUUUCUAAUUAUCUGACUUCCCUGCGAUGAGAAGAGGCUUUUCAUGGCGGAGCGGUCGGGGCGGCGGCUCCACACGCCUGCUCGAUCUGAACCCGCGGUCCUGAUGGGAAACAGGAAAAUCAUCUCUCUUUCCAUGAAAAGACUUUUAAAAUAAUGAGUGACGCUUCAUUUCAGCGGGCUGUGCAUUUCUUGGUAAGUCGGUGAUGUAAUUAACAAGAAAUGUGUUUGAAAUGACAUCAACAUUUACCUCCAAAUUUAUUGAAAAGGUUUAAUUUCACCGUGGCACCAAACUCAAAAAUCCAAAUGAUGUUUCAAACCAGAUUUAUGAUUUUUUAUUCUCUGGUUUUCCUGGAGAACUCCAUCACAACCAAACUGAACAAAACUCAGUUGCAUUCAAGUGGCUCAUUUAAAGACAGUUUAAUUCAGAAACUGUUUAAUUAAUAUAUCCAGAUUUC